AUCGAUGUAAUAUCAUUUCUCAGCUGUUUGUGUGGCAUUAUCAGUGACCAGUGACCGCUGCGUUUCCUGUUAUCACCGCUCAGUUAAUGUGAAUGACCGCACGCGUGUGUAACGGUCCGAGGGUUAAAAGCUUCGGGACCAGGUUUUGGAGUUGUAAAAGUUCUGCUCGGUGAAGCUUUGUGACGGACUUGACCUGGAAAUGAAUAUGAUGGCGGUCAGAUUUGGUCUCCGCGUCCACGCAGCGCGUGCGGUCACGCGGAAUCCCUCGCGCGCUCUGGGUAUUGGAGCCGCGCGCAGCCUCAGCAGUGACUCAG